AUGCUUCAGAAUACGAGAAUUGUUCCCGCCUCAUUGCGCUAUCGCCGGCCGUACUGGAUGCUUUUCCUGAAAGGCGUGGAUAACUGGCGCAUCUACACUGUGAUCCAGCAACCGGACCAUCAGCGCACGGAAAUGCUUUAUCAGGCUUGGCUUGGUGGCUUAGACCGCCCGUACGUGAGACCAAAGUGCAUGGCCCACCAGCCGCUGUGGCUCAGCAAAAAGCGUCACAUGUUGCAAAAGUCCAGGUUACAGGGGCCCGAGACGGCGAUGGAGAAGUACGUGUUGGAAUGGUAUAAGCGCUUCCAUUCCUUUCAAGGGACGGAGCGGCCCACUGUGGAGGAUCUUCACAUUGCAUUUGAUCUCGUUGAGUGUCCGUUGGAUCUUAGUUAUGCUUGCCAGUUGCUGCACCAGUGCCGCAACAUCAAUAACAUUCGCUUCGACAAAAAUUCUUUCCUUAUUUUCCUCGAGGCAUGCCUACGUGUUGACCGGAAGGAUUGCGCUCAAUAUGCCUUGGAAAAUGCGGAAAUUUUAGGCUUUUGGCACAUUCAUGAUGACUGGCGUAAUUACCUUACUGGAAAGCAGUCGUGGUACCGUCUUUCCCCACUGGACGGCUUGUACUAUCCAUUGAAUGAAAAUGUUGAGCAGAACGCCACGAGGAUGCCGCCAACCAGUGGAGUUGAAAUAGAGUCCAGGGGUCUGACCACAGAAGACGCGGUGUCAUUUCAUGUAGCAGCAGCAACCACUUCUGCACAAUCUACGUCACCGAAGGAAGGCGAGACGGAAGGGGGAUUAGUGGAUGAUGAAAUCUUGCGCUUGCAGGCUGAGUUGGAGGCUCUGGAAAGCGAAAUUUCACUCGAUGAUGAAGUUGAAAAGACACGAAAAGAAUCCAGAUCUGAUGGUGGGAAAUUUGAGAAGGAAUGAGGAAUUUCAUUCACAUGCAGCACUACAGUAUAUGUGAAGUUCUUGACAUUCAUGGGGCAGAUGGUCACAUAUGAUAUGCAAGCAAUCGCAAGUUUAUGAAGUUUACAUGUCUAGGAAACUGAAACUACACACUUUAUUAAUUGUAUCCAUAAUGUGAUGAUCAUUCAGAGCGAAAUAGCGACACAUACUAAGCGUAGGUCUACCUGAAUUGGUGGAGGGCAGAAUGGGGACAGUCGACUUGGGUAGUAUCCUUCGAAAUGGAUUAUUACGAUCUCGAAUGUUGUUUUCACUGCAAUAACCCAGAAGGGGGAAAAUAGUGAAUUGACAUCACUAUGGAGACCGUCUCAGUUAUUUUUAGACGGAGGCCUAUAUAUAUAUACCCA